AUGCUAUCAAAGAAUUUGUAUAGUAACAGGAAACUGCUAUCCUCGACGAAUACGCUAAUCAGGUCCGCCUCCACCAGAUCUACAGGCGUGGAAAACUCCGGAGCUGGUCCCACCUCUUUCAAAACCAUGAAGGUCAUUGACACUCAACACAGCGACAAACCAAACGUACUGAUACUGGGUUCUGGCUGGGGGGCUAUUUCUUUUCUAAAGCGCAUCGACACCAAGAAAUACAAUGUUUCUAUUAUCUCCCCCAGAAGUUACUUCUUAUUCACGCCAUUACUGCCCUCUGCCCCAGUUGGGACCGUGGAUGAGAAAUCAAUUAUCGAACCCAUCGUUAAUUUCGCCCUUAAGAAAAAGGGAAAUGUCACUUACUAUGAGGCAGAAGCCACUUCUAUCAACCCCGACAGAAAUACCGUCACUAUAAAAUCAUUGUCCGCUGUCAGUCAACUGUAUCAACCGGAAAAUCAUUUAGGGUUGCACCAGGCAGAACCCGCUGAGAUCAAGUACGACUAUUUGAUCAGCGCUGUGGGUGCGGAACCUAAUACUUUUGGUAUUCCCGGGGUCACUGACCAUGGACAUUUUUUGAAAGAGAUCCCGAACUCUUUAGAAAUAAGAAGGACUUUUGCAGCCAAUUUGGAAAAGGCUAAUCUAUUGCCCAAGGGUGAUCCCGAAAGGAGGAGGUUAUUGUCCAUUGUUGUGGUUGGCGGUGGGCCGACUGGCGUAGAAGCCGCCGGUGAACUACAAGAUUAUGUUCAUCAGGAUUUGAGAAAAUUUCUUCCAGCAUUGGCUGAGGAAGUUCAAAUACAUUUGGUUGAAGCUUUGCCCAUCGUUCUUAACAUGUUCGAGAAGAAGCUUUCAUCAUAUGCGCAAUCUCAUUUGGAAAACACUUCGAUCAAAGUGCAUUUGAGGACUGCCGUUGCUAAAGUAGAAGAAAAGCAAUUAUUAGCAAAGACCAAGCAUGAAGACGGUAAAGUAACCGAAGAAACUAUUCCAUACGGCACUUUGAUUUGGGCCACCGGUAACAAAGCGAGACCCGUCAUAACCGACCUUUUCAAGAAGAUCCCUGAACAAAACUCGUCCAAAAGAGGCUUGGCGGUAAAUAGCUUCUUGCAAGUGAAAGGUAGCAACAACGUCUUCGCCAUUGGUGACAACGCAUUUGCGGGAUUACCUCCGACUGCCCAAGUGGCGCAUCAAGAAGCUGAAUAUCUAGCCAAAAACUUCGAUAAAAUGGCCCAAAUACCAAACUUUCAAAAAAACCUAUCUGCUAGAAAGGAUAAAAUCGAUCUGCUGUUCGAGGAGAACAACUUUAGGCCCUUCAAAUACAAUGAUCUGGGUGCCCUAGCAUACCUUGGUUCUGAGAGAGCCAUUGCAACUAUCCGUUCGGGUAAAAGAACAUUCUACACCGGUGGGGGGUUGAUGACCUUUUACUUGUGGAGAAUUUUAUACUUGUCGAUGAUAUUGUCCGCUAGGUCGAGAUUCAAGGUGUUUUUCGACUGGAUCAAAUUAGCAUUCUUCAAAAGGGAUUUCUUCAAAGGAUUAUAG